ACCAUGGAUCACUUUUCGCGAAGAAAGCGGGUCGGUUUGCUGAAGCCUCUGCUGAGUCUGUCUCUGGUCUUUGCGUCUUUUCUGAUGAUCCACAAGCUGAAAGUGUCGGAGAAGGACGGCGUGGGAGUCAAACACAUGAGAGAUGCUGCCUGGUGCGGCUCCGAGUGUUUUUCAUUCAAGAAGGGGGCUGUGAAAACUAAAUUAGGGAGCUCAAACUCUCCGGCGCUUAGCAACGAUUUGGAUGCGCAGCAGGUCUCCAACGGGACUCCUGCGUCCUGGGACGCACAGGUUCUCAAUUGCAGUGAGGAUUCAACGGUGAGGACAAAGGACUGGUUUAAGCGAUUGGACCCGAGAUUUCACCAGUUUGUUUUGCACAGACACUGCAGGUAUUUCCCCAUGCUCAUCAACCACCCGGAGAAGUGCACGGACGGAGAAGUGCACCUCCUCAUGGUGGUCAAAUCCGUCAUCGAGCAGCACGACCGGCGGGAGGCGGUGCGUAAAACCUGGGGCAGGGAGCACACAGCGGAUGGAAAGAAAAUCAGAACUUUAUUUCUCUUGGGAAGUCCGACGACUGGCAAAGACACCAAGAAUCUCCAGAAGCUGAUCGAGUACGAGGACCAGAUCUAUGGGGACAUCCUGCAGUGGGACUUUAUGGACACCUUCUUCAACCUGACCCUGAAAGAGGUCAACUUUCUUAAAUGGUUCGACGUCUACUGCUCCGGCGUGCAGUUCAUAUUCAAAGGAGAUGAUGAUGUGUUCGUGAACACGCACAACCUUUUGGACCUCAUCGGCUUCAAAGUGGAGGAUCACAAAGAGGCUGACUUGUUUGUCGGGGACACUAUCUCCAAGGCGAUCCCGAUCCGAAACAGGCAGAGCAAAUACUACAUUCCCAAAGAGCUUUAUGAUAAGCCAUACCCUCCUUAUGUCGGAGGUGGGGGGUUUCUCAUGUCUUCCCAGCUGGCCAGGAGGCUCUUCGUGGUCUCAGAGGACCUGGAGUUGUACCCCAUUGACGAUGUAUUUUUAGGGAUGUGUCUGCAGAAGCUCCACCUGACCCCUGAGAUGCACCCGGGCUUCAGGACCUUCGGCAUCACCAGGCGCAGGGUGAGCCCCAUGAACAGCGAGCCCUGCUUUUAUAAAAACCUCAUCGUGGUGCACAAACUGAGCGCGCAGGAGCUGCUCAGGAUGUGGAGCGUGGUGCACAAUGAGGAUCUGGUCUGCGCGCAAAGGACUUCCGUAUGAUUAUGAAUUCAAACAUUCAAUGGAUCAAUUCACCAAAGUUGAACUGAUAGAUGUGACACACAGAGGACUGUUUUUAAAAUUGGUCAUACUUGAUUCUUUUUACACGUAUUCACUGAAUCUGCUCAGUCGUGUAGUUGAUUGUGGGGAGGGGUUAUUGAAACCAGGCAAAAAAACAAACAACCCAUGAUAAAUAUAUACA